GGUUCCUUUUUUUCAGCCGAACAUGUGACGCAACGCUAGGCAGGAUGGUGGGCGCUAGACAAACAAAAAACAUGUUGGGGAUAGGUGAAGUGAAAUGAGUCCGAGUAUCAAACAGAAGGAAAAGAUAUGAGAGAGAGCGAGAGAGAGAGAGAGAGAGAGAGAAAGAGAGCGACGCGCGACAGGAAAGGGGGAAAGGAAAGAGAAAAAACGGUAUCACUCAUCAUCGCGACACAACCAAUACCCAGUCGUCCCUCUAGCACAUCCAUCACAACACCAAACCUCCAGCACGCUGCCAACUCCUGUACUCCCCGAUGCAUCCAACCAAUGCCGAGCUGUAUUAUCCGCCCUUCGACAAGCUCCAUCCAGCAGCAGCCAAACCCCUUUCACAAAUCGGUCCUAGGUUCGCGGCCUAGGGAAUCGACAUAGAAAACUGUCAGCCAAUCGAAUCUCACCAAGCCAAAAGGGACAUCGCAUUAAACGCCAGUUAUAAUCAUACUUCUCGAGC